CUUCCGGGGGCUCAAGGUCAUGAACGCCGAGAAACGAGGCGCCGUGGGGGCCUUGAUCUAUUCCGACCCCGAACAAGACGGCUACGCCCUCGGACCCACCUACCCGGAGGGACCCUGGCGCCCCGCCUUCGGCGUCCAGCGAGGCUCGGUGCAAUUCCUCUCCCUCUGUGCCGGGGAUCCCGGUCGCACCGCCUUGGCAGAGGAUGGGGGAAGCGCGGAGG